AGACCCCUAUCGGGCGACCGAACCAAACCAGAUUGCCAUCCCUACAUCCCUACUUCCGCUCCUCUCACGGCAAAACCCUCUCACCCUUACAAAACUUUUCACCCACAAUCAGAUUUCUUUUCUUUCUCGAUUUAAUUUUAAUUGGUCAAAAGCAAUGAAAGAAAUGGGAGAAAUCAGAGGAGAGACAAUGGAAGGAGGAGGAGACAAGAAGGCAGAGGUGAUUCUGGUGCGCACGUUGGGUGCGGAUGAGCCGAAACACUAUGACGAAGAUGGCGUGUACUGCCGGCGUGUAAGAUUUCACCAGGUGGAUCUGAGUGAAGGUAAAAUAAAGAGCAACUGCUUUCCUUCAAUGUUGAAUCGUAUCGGAGAUGGUGCUAUGGUGCGCUCGGACCGCGGUCCAGCGGUUUACCUUAUAGGCGGUCUGACCCGCAGAGACCAAACAUGUGAACCAAUAGAUGGAGCCAGUUCUGAUGAUGUGUACUACAAAUGCGGCUGUCGGAUGGACUUGCAGAAAGAAGAGGAAGGUAGGGUGUGGGAGCAGAUUGAUCUUCCUAUCAAAAAUUGCUAUAUUCCCUUUUGCGCAUCGCUGUUUGGAAAGCUUUAUGAGUUUGGAUUUCGCUGCCUCCACACUCCCGAGGUUUUUGAUCCGAGUGUCGGAUUUUGGAAGGAGUUGUCCCCUUUGCCCCCUGAGCUUGUCGGUUGCCGUGUUUCAGAUGGAGGAGUUAUCUCCGACCCUCAGAAUUCCCGUUUUCUUGUGCACCUCUAUGAUGGAACCCUGUAUGCUUUCUACCCCGGUUCUGGUGAGUGGGAGCGUAAUGGGAGUCUGUUUCACUGGAGGUAUCGUAAUGUGGUUCUUGNGGUUACUUGGUCCUCAAAGAAGUAUGAAUACAGCAAUGGUUAUCGUGUUAAAGUGACCAAGUAUGAGUUUGAUGCUAUGUUUUAUGUUGGCGGUGGCCAUUUCCGGAUGGCUACUUGGUCUCCUUGUGAUGGAGAUGAAGGAACCACCAGUAGUGCUUCUACUAUGUUCUUCAAGUUCAAAGUUGAUCGCCCCAACAAUGGUCUCAACGUCGUUUGCACUCCCGUUGAUGUCCAAUGCCAUGAUAUCCCAAACACCAUCGAAGUUACAGGGUUCCUACUGCUCUAGGAGGCAAGCAAUUGAUUGUGGGGUGCUUCCCAUUAAGGCUAUUGAAUGGUUGCCAUGUCAUCUUUGGUUGACAAAUAAAAUAUGCUUUAUUUGGUGGUGUAUUCCAUUUAGUGUUUGCCUAUUUAUAGGUUGUUGUACCUUUCAAGUUACUCAAGUCCUUUGUCAUUUCUUUGGGACAGUCGUUAAUACGUUGUUCUUUGUAAAAUUCAUUGGUCGUCAUAUGAAUGUAUGCGUACUCGAGCAAAUUUUAGCCGGCUGUUUUUCUGUACUCAUACACUAUCGCUCUUGCUUCUAAU